UUAUAAUUUCGGCGGGAGAUGGCCGUCCAGCGACAGUCGGUUCGCGCGACAAUUCAAGUUAUCCAUCGCCACUCCCCGCCCGUUUCUGUCGGUGGUUAUCAAGCCCGCGUCUUUCGCCCCACAUUAGCCAUCUAUUUAAACCACUCCAUUUUCUACGCCUAGUCGCUCGUCCAACACUCCGUUCAUCGUCGCCCAAACAACCUCUCAUACGCAUAACUCCAUCCUCCGCCGUCGAUCGACCCGUCACUAGGAGAUCCUCUCCCCCAUCCACAAAUAGCCAAUCGCCUAUCGCUGCAUCCUCGAUCGUCUCGUCUCGUGUCGCUCGCACGACCGCUAAUCUCGUUCCGCCAUGGCUCCUCGAAGCACAUCGUCACGCGCUCUCAGCCUGGUCCUUUUCGGUGUUGCGCUGGUCCUCCUCGCCGGCUCUCACGCCGCGAGUGCGGGGAAGGUGGAGAGACCCCCGUUCGUGCCAGGGCAGAUCCUGCGCAAAUGCGGGUGGUCUAGCUUGGGCGAUUAUACUUCCUCGUUCCUCGUGCACACCAACGUGCAUCUGCACUGGAGGGUGGUCGACAGCGACACAGUGAAGUUCGCAUUCCACGUGACCAAGGGCUUCGAGACGGGCAAGGGGUGGUUCGGCGUGGGGUUCUCGACCAACGGCAAGAUGAACGGCGAUGCGAUCAUCGCAGAGACCAUGCGGGCUGGCACGCCCAAGCUGCUGACGCUUGCCGGCCACACCAGCGUUGUUGACGCCAGCGGAUGGACGCCCACUGGUCUGAAGAUCACCAAGAACCAGUUGGGCACCACCAUCGAGUUUACUCGUACCACGUCGGACGGCGGGGAGGUGGUGCUGAAACCCAAGGGCAAUAACUACAUCACGUGGGCGUUCGGAUCGACCUCGUGGUCCGCAAACAACCGACACUCCAACUCUGGCCAUGCUGUGGUUGACCUCUCCUGCAAUGGCUGCACGGGAGUUUUCCGCAAGGCACUCUGCAAGGUCUUUUGAAUUUGAAUCUUAGCCGGGAGCAUCUAAUACAUUCACACGCUUUUCCUGUGUUUCGUAAAGGUGGAUUUACUAGGCUGUCGUGGUGGUGGUGACCCAGAAGUCGUUUGGUGUGUGUAUACAGAAAUACUUGGCUUUUUUUAUGAGAUAGAAUCAUAGACCUGUAUUUGCAUUUGCACAUGUUAUGCUUCUCUGUAUUCUAUGAGACCAUUCAUUGCAUUGAC